CACUGUGCCGAAAUGGCGCUGGACUUCGCCGCAACGUACAAAGUGCUUGUUCUCGGCGACUCCAACGUUGGCAAAACUUGCAUCGUACAUCGUUUCUGCGACGAGCGUUACUACGACACCUACAUCUCCACCAUUGGCAUUGACUUUAAGCAAAAGAUUAUCAAUCUCGAUGGGGUCCCCAUCAAGCUGCAAAUCUGGGAUACCGCCGGCCAGGAGCGCUUUCGCACCCUUACAACUGCCUACUACCGAGGUGCGAUGGGUAUACUAUUGCUGUACGAUGUUACCAACUUGGAAUCGUUUAAUCACAUCACUUAUUGGCUACAAAACAUCGAAGAAAAUGCUUCCCCCAACGUCGUCACGCUCUUAGCUGGUAAUAAAUGCGAAUCAAAUGAUAGAAUGGUUGAUUUAGACAGCGGCAAAAAGAUGGCGGAUAAUUUCGACCUACCGUUCUUUGAAGUAAGCUGCAAAGAUAACAUUAACAUAGAAAACGCUUUUCUUACCCUGUCUAGAAAAAUAAGAGAACUUAGAGAACUUAAGGGUGACCCAUUCCAAGAGACUAAGGAAGAGACUGAAGUACUGAAAAACAAAUUAGACUCGAAUGCGAAAAGCUGCAAUUGCUAAAAUUUUCUCGACUACACACAACAAGACUUUCCAAGCUUCCUAACAUAUAUGACUUAUACAAUUAAGUAAAACAAGACAAAAUUUCAAGACAAGUGACAUAAUCAUUAGAAGCAAUUGAAAAGUUUACCACAGAUACGUAUUAGAUUAUUAGUAUAUUAAAAAGAAAAAGAACUGGUGUUUAAACUGUGCCGAAAACAUACGCAGGUAACACAGAUUGCAUUGUUUACAUUGAGUAGACUUUAAAUAUUACUAUUGGUAGAUGAAGUAGUUCAACGCACAGCGCGCAGGUAACGCACAACUAGUUUCGGAGUUUUUGGUUUUUUAGUCACAUUAUCGAGUACAAACCGUAACUAUCAGAUUAAACGCACGAGAAUUAAAGAAAUGCCUUACAUACAUACAUGUAUAAAGCAUUUGAUGACCUUCAAACUUAACUUAAUACUUAUUAUAGGAUUACAUCACUUGAUCUGCAUCAUAAAACUCAAAAAAUUAAUAAAACUGAAGCAAAACACUUUUUUGUAUUAAAAAACUGUGUUUGCAUUCUUAAAAAUGAACUAAGAUUAUUUUAAACAGAUGUAAUCCUUUAAUGCAACUACAUAAACAUAACUAACGUGAUUUUAAUGUACAGGGUGUUUCUGAUCAUGUAAUUUGCAAUUUCAAACAGAUGCUUCAAAAUAUAAAUCGCUUUUUCUAUUCACUUCUUUUUGGUUAAAUGAAAUGCUUUUGCUGGGACCAUUAAUUUGACCAUGCGUCAAAGAAUGAAUCAUAACCGAAACACAGAAACAUUGAAUUGAUGAAAAACACAUUUGAGAAAUUCAGCAAAAGAUCAUUGGUGUGUGUGUGCGUGAGUUAUACAAAACAUUGUCAAAAUUGUGAUAUAAUAUGCGAUUAAUAUUGCGCAUUGCAAAUGCGAGAAAUUCUGGAACAAGUAAAACCAAAUACGACAAAACAAUGAAUAUUACCAAACGUUGAUACAACAAAGAGAAACAAACGAAACAUUUAAUUCAUAUAAAAUUUAUGUAAUAUCUAAUAAUUCUUAAAAUAUACUAUAAAUUAUAAUUAUGUAAACUGUAUGUCGAUAUAGUUUAAUUAAAACGUUAGCAAUUCAA